UCCUGCCUCCAGGUUUUCAGUCUGCCUGGCUGUAGCAUGGUGAAAGCAGAGAGAGAGGCAGAGAAAAGCUAUCCAAAAAGCAACUGGAUGAUCAGAGCUAAGAGAGGACCUAGGAAAGCAGUGCACAACUGCGAUACUUCCAAAGUCACCGCUGCACGCAUGGAGGGGAAAACAUGGAUAGGAUAAAAAACAGCUAACCACGAUGAGGAACUGCCCAGGAUUUAAAAGGACCAUCCGUAUUUAAAAGGAAAAAAGAACUGGAUCUGUGCUGGAGUGGCACAUUGCAUUGGUGGAUUGCUUCAGCAUCUGUCUCUUUCAUUUUCGAGAAUUCUUGAUCCUUAUCUGUGGUAUUUUAUGUUGUUUCCUUAGGAUUGGCUAGCCAAGGCAUUAUUGCAGGAUAACGUGAAGGGCGAUCUGCAAUGCCCUUUGCCAAGCGGAUUGUUGAGCCCCAGUGGCUGUGUAGGCAUGCUGUCACCCAGGUAGAGGCGAGCUGUUCCAAGGAUCAGGGAGACGAGCAACGGCACCGAGGGAAUUCGAGGGAAGAAUUGUCAGCUAAUGUGGCACCUUCGGCGCAGGUGGCCUCGGACGAGAGGGAACCGCUGGCCGUUGACAAGAAGGAGAAAGAUGUGACAACUUUGGAUUUGUACGCCAUCAGCAACGUUGCGAUGUCACGGACCUUACGGCAGCUUUCGGAUAUGGCAAGGCAUGCCUGCUCCAUAUUCCACGAGCUCGAAGCCGAGGUUCAGGUGACUGCGAGGCGUGUAAGGGCGCUGCAAGGGAAAAUCGGUACUGUCCAGCAGCUCGUCAGCAGCUUGGAUCCAAAGCAGGAGACCGUGCCUGUAUCGAACUUGGAUGCAGAGAGCAAGCUGAGCGUGUAUUACAAGACAACUUUGCACCAGCAGAGGAACAUCUUCCUGCCAACCACUAGACCCCCUUGUGUGGAAGAGCUCCAUCGCCAUGCCAAGCAAAAUCUGCGUUCCACACGUAGAGAGCAGCGUGCCCGAGCAGACAACAGAGAGAGGCGGUUUCUGGGCUCUGUUUUUGCUGCUCCUCCUCUUCCUUCCUACCCAUCAGCUCAUACUCUAAAGAGAAGAGAGGUAAAGGAAUGUGACCAUCAACCAUUUAACAGAACCCGUCCGCCCUCCCCUACUGAAUGUUGCCAUUUGACCCCAUGGAGUAGAAAGGCUCAUCCACCUCAGGAUGAAGAUGAAAUGGUUUUAGGACAAAGGCCAAAAAAUCCAAUUCUUAAUGUUCCAUCAACACUGGAUAAACAAACCAACUGGAAUAAAGCAUUGCCUCUGCCCACCCCUGAGGAGAAGAUGAAACAGGAGUCCCAAGUGAUUACGUCAUGCAUUAUCCCCAUCAAUGUCUCGGGUGUUGGUUUUGAUAGAGAAGCAAGCAUACGUUGCUCUUUAGUACAUUCCCAAUCUGUUCUGCAGAGAAGGCGGAAACUGAGGAGGCGAAAAACCAUAUCAGGAAUUCCCAGAAGAGUGCAACAAGAAAUAGAUUCAGAUGAGUCUCCUGUAGCACGGGAGCGGAAUAUUAUAGUUCAUAACAACCCUGAGCUUGCAAACUCUUCAAAUAGGAGAUCUGGAACCAGAGAUACAGAGUGCCAAACAGAGGAUAUUCUUAUUGCUGCUCCGUCAAGGAGAAGAAUUAGAGCACAGAGGGGCCAAGGAGUGGCAGCAUCACUCUCGCAUUCUGCAGGAAACAUUGCAGCUUUGACUGAGAGUGGUGACCAAAUGUUCACAACAGUGUCCAAUCGGAUUCGUUCACGUAGUCUUCCCAGAGAAGGUGCUAGAACAAGUAAUGAUCAUGAAAGAAAUGUACAAUCUUCUGGUUAUAAAGAUGAUUGCUACAUAACUAGCUCAGAGAGGAAGAAAGAAGACCAUUUGAACAGUGAAGAUUCCGCAGAACACCAAUCUCUGGGAUUAUCAUAUUCUCACCAUAGCCCUCAACUGAAUGAAAGGGGGAGAUCAAGGCUAUCAAGGAUGGCUGAUUCAGGCAGCUGUGACAUUUCAUCAAAUUCUGACACAUUCGGAAGUCCUGUUCACUCUUUUUCUACUACAGGAGUUUUACUGAGCACACACAUAGAUCAGAAAGAUGAUCAUCAGUCUUCAAGUGGAAACUGGAGUGGAAGUAGUUCCACAUGUCCAUCCCAGACUUCAGAAACAAUACCUCCAGCAGCAUCCCCUCCACUAACUGGCUCUUCACAUUGUGAUUCUGAAUUGUCUUUAAAUACUGCUGCCAAUGCUGGUGAAGAGUCAAAUGUCUUUAGCAUUGAACAAUAUAAUGAUGACCACUUGGAUAGCCUUAGAGGACACAGGGCAAGUUCCUUUACAUCAACAGUUGCAGAUUUGCUUGAUGACCCUAACAGCAACACAAGUGACAGUGAAUGGAAUUAUCUUCAUCAUCACCAUGAUGCUUCAUGUCGUCCAGAUUUCAGCCCACAGCACUUAAAGGGAGAUGGUUUAGGUUGUCAAAGUUUUACUAGCCUAGGAACGUAUGACAGUUUUCUUGAGAAACCUGCCUCAGAGAAAGCAGACACAGGAUCUCAUUUCUCUGUAGACACUGAAGGAUAUUACACCUCCAUGCAUUUUGACUGUGGUCUUAAUAGUAAUAGGAGUUAUAUAUGUAGCUAUGCACCAUCAGGGACUGAGAAUGAACAGGACACUGGAAUGUCAUCCAUGAGUACAGACAGUGUUUGGCAACAUUAUGUAGAUCACAGAAAACAUGAAAUACAGAACGUGUCCUUUAAAAAACCAAAGGCAAAGCCACCACCACCAAAACGUAACUCAUCUUUGAAAAAUUCUGACAACUACACAGAUGUUCUUGAGAAAAAAGAACCAAAGAUUACCAGCGCACAGCAAGUGCUUCACACCUCCAGGGAAAUGAAACUGCCACUUGAGACUUCAAAUGCACCCUCUAGAGUGGAAAACCUGUCUCCACCAAAUCAACAGGAUGGUGCUUGGGUAAAUCAGGAUGACCAUGAUUCAAAAAAUAUACAAUUUAUCAACCAAGACACUGCAACAUUUAAAGAUGAAGGAAGUGAACAGCCUCACUAUGCAGAUCUAUGGCUCCUCAAUGACUUGAAAUCAAGUGAUCCUUACAGGUCUUUAUCGAAUUCAAGCACUGCUACGGGUACAACCGUCAUAGAAUGCAUCAAGUCACCAGAAAGUUCAGAGUCACAAAACUCACAACCUGAAUCUAGAGCCACCACUCCUUCUCUUCCCUCAGUUGAGAAUGAAUUUAAAUUAGCCUCACCAGAAAAGCUGGCAGGGUUGGCAUCACCAUCAAGUGGCUAUUCCAGCCAGUCCGAAACACCUACUUCAUCUUUCCCUACACCUUUUUUCUCUGGACCAUUAUCACCUGGGGGUAGUAGAAGAAAACCAAAAGUUCCAGAAAGGAAGUCCUCUUUACAGCAUCCUUCUAAGUCUGGCAGUGGUUUCUUAAGCAAAGAACUAGAACUUCCAACUAUACCUCCUAGUCAUCUUGACCUAAGUGCUCUUCAUUUGUUACAUAAACCAUUGCCAUACAGGCCACAGGUAACUGCUUUCAGUCAUACCAAUCAAAAUGUGUCAGAGGAUGAACUGAAUCCAAAUUCAUCCCCAACCCUUGCCAUAACACCUUCAGUGCUGAAAUCUGUGCAUUUGAGAUCAGUCAACAAGCAUCACAAGGACUCUAGGCAUAAAGAAAGCACUAACAUCCUAUGUACCCAGGAUCCAACAAUAAUCGUGGAUACAUAUCCCUAUGAGAAAACACCGGCAUUAGCACCUAAGAAAUCAAUAUUACGUCAGUUCUCCACCGAUGAAGCCAUGCUUCCUUAUAUUGAUGCAUCGCCAGUUGACACUAGCCCCGAAGCAUUUUUUCAAUCAACUGCCCUGUUUACUGGACAUGGUUUAUACAAACUUGAAAUGCCACCACCUUUGAUCACUAGAACUAGAGAAGAUGAAGUAGAGAAACACCACAAAUAUAGACCUGCAGAAAUAAUAGAGGAAACUAUUUUUACAGCAAACCCAGAAACAAUUACGAAGUAUGUACAAGAUUACUCUGCAGAUAGCAGUGAUUUUGCAAAUGAUCAAAAGAGUCACACUAAAGGGGAAGGGCAAAUCAAAGCAGAACAUAGGUUACAAAUAAAGUGUGACCCAUUUACCAUGAAAGAACCUGUUAAAGGACUUAACACUGGAUUUGAUGUGCAAGGCAAUAUUUCUGAUGUAUCUCAGUUGCCCAGUGAACCUGUCUUAAGCAACAGUGACAAAGUGCCUGGAAAUACUCUCAGCUUUGAAUCAGAAAUAUUUACUUUAAAUCCACUCAAUGACGAUUGUCCAGAGCAGGAAUAUGAAUUUGUAUCAGGUUUUCAAACCAAAAGUGCCUCAGAAGAUAGCAGGACAGAAGAUACUUUAGAAAGCAUGGAAGAUGCCUCUUGGAAAGAUUCUUCAAUAAGUGAUGACUCUCUUAUAUCACCAAUGAGUGAGGAUUCCCAGUUAGACACUGAUGAUGUCUUUGUGUCACCCAACAAGCCCCGUACUACUGAAGAUCUUUUUGCAGCUAUUCACAGAUCUAAACGAAAAAUUCUGGGAAGGAAAGAUUCUGGAGAGGCCGCUGUAAAAAACAAAACAAAAGCUUUAACUGGACCAGCCCAGCAAACAACGCCAGGAGCUUCUCAAAGAUCUGCUGGUCUCAUUUAUAGAAAUGCCAAAAAGUCACAUACAUCAAAUGAGGAGUUUAAGUUACUUCUCCUUAAAAAGGGGAGUAGGACAGAUACCAGUUACCGUAUGUCAGCUACUGAAAUACUGAAGAGUCCAGUAACUCCCAAGUCACUUGGGGAUUUGCCCCUAGAGUCUACUUCUGGUUUUGAAGAACCUUUACAAUUGUCACCUAGCAGUGAGGCAUUUUCCCCAGUGUCGCCGUGUACUCCUCGAGCCAUGUCAGAAGGAUUUACAAUAAAGACUGCCGCUUCAAGAGUCGGAAGGUCUCGCGUGCCUCCUGCUGCAAGCAGUAGCCGUUACAGUGUCAGGUGCCGGUUAUACAAUGCCCCAAUGCAGGCCAUCUCCGAAGGCGAAACAGAAAAUUCAGACGGCAGUCCUCACGAUGACAGAUCAUCACAAAACUCUUCAUAGAACUAUAAAUUGUUCAACUGCUGGAUUGCCACAAAAAAGCAUUACAGACAUAUUGUUGGUCAUUAUUUAAAAUAAUUUAUA